AUGGAACACCCGCCGGCGGCGGCGCCCGCUCACACCAAGCAAUAUGUCUUUGUCGACGAGUACAAUCGGCAUAAACGGCUAAAGGUGAUGCGGGCCUGUGACGGGUGUCGUAAACGCAAGAUUCGCUGUGACGGAGCCCUGCAAAAUGGGCCGUGGCCGUGUGGAGCUUGUGUCCGCUUGAAGCUGAAAUGUAUCCCGCCCACCCUCGACCAGGACGACGACCAGCAGAUUCCCGACAGCAACACCGGACAUCAGCAGUUUUCAUUCCAAAACACCACGUUUCCGCUCACGAGCCCGACAGAAAGCAAACCGCCAAUUGCCAUGACCUCGCAGCCUCACAUGGUCCAUGRGUGGGUUCCUGCUGUGCCGCCUGCCAUUUCCACGCCAAUCUCGACCUCGACUCCAUUUGAACAUCAGUCGUAUCAACGGACGCCGGGUACGGGCGCCCGCCUGGAUGCGGCCUACUCGGAUGAUGGUUAUUUCGCCCCUAAUAUAUCUCCUUCCGUUUAUGACCAGGGCAGUCAACCCCAAAACUUUAUCCGUUCCCAGACCGUGGCCUCGGGCAGCUCUAGCGGGGACACACAGGAAAUUGAGUCAUCUGUACGGCAACUGUCCAGCCAAAUGGGCGACUUGCAGAUUGACAUUACAUCUGCCGCACCGUACAUUACCAAUCAAACACAGCUGUCGGCAGAUGCGCCCGCCUUCGAAGAGGUGGAAGUCGUCUUGCCGGCUUCGGUCCUGACCGACAAGACGGUGCGGAUUCCACCAGAAAUGAUGCCGUCCGAGGAGCGUGCUCURGACUACUUUGGCUACUUUUUCGAGCACAUUCACUCGUACUGCCCUGUUCUCAACCGAGCUGCUUUCUAUCACCAAUGGCGGARUGCUCGGUCAACCAUAUCGCCACUGCUGUUGGAGGCCAUGUUUGCUUGUGUGGCGAGAUAUCUCGAAGAGACCGUUGAAUCACGUAGAUGGCUCGCGCUGGCAUCGAGGCACGAAGAAGGGUUCAAAGACGUCCCACGGUUAAGCACUAUCCAAGCGAUGAUUAUCCUUAUGAAGGCGAGGGAGAGUAUUUCCAAGCGAGGCUAUUAUUACCGUUCCUGGAUGGAUACGAAGUAUAUGAUCUCCAUGGGAUUUGAMCUCAAGCUUCACGAGCAUUGUGACCAGCAUAGACUGCAGAACACAUGCCCUCUCAGCAAGCAAGAGUGCAUGCUCAGGACUAGAGUAUGGCAGUCCCUGUUUGUUCUGGAGAUUCUCGUUGGUGCUCCGCAGGGGAGAAACGACUUUUCGGUGGAGGUCGACACUGUUCAGGUUGAUCUGCCGAUGUCCUCGAAUGAUGUGGAUGCAUUCGAACACCAAUCUUCGAGGCGUAGCACGUUCAUGGCACAGUCCGUGCGCAACAUCAAGAUCACCAAUGUCCUCUGGCAAACGAUCAGGCGAUACAAGAAAGACUGGGCGCUUGAUCCCGAAUUCGUUCGCCACAAUGAAGACCUCCCCAAUUGGCUGAAGAACCUACCGGCCGACUUCCAGAUCCAGUACCCGGAUGAUGGCAGCCCGCCGUGGCUCGGUGGGAAUCACUUUGUUGCGGACCUUCAUUGCUAUCACCAUCUGGUUGUCAUCAUGCACCACCGGCCCCAGCUUCAAGCAUUGUUGGAACAAGGGAACCCCGACUUCAGGACCCAGCUUGACAUAUGUCUAGUGUCUGCAGKCCUCAUGUGUCGGAUACAAGAGGCACUGUAUCGGGACUUUGGGUUCCAUGGACUGCAAUUCAUGAUUCGGGGUGUCAAUUUCACGAUCUAUUGUGUGCUAACAUGCACCAUGUUACAUUUGGCCGCCAUCACUUCACCUGAUCCGUUACUCAACUCGCAGGCUCGCCUUUACUUUACCCGCCACAUGCGUGUUCUCGAGCACUGCCUGGAGUCUUCCGCACCGGAGAUGCAAGCGCAAAUCAAUGCGUUGCGCGAAGCGUUCAGUGCCGACACUUCAUUGCCCUUUGAGCUGAAGCCGACGCUCGGUCUGCGAAGUCCAAGAAUGGACGAUCACUCGACGCCGUCUAGCACACACUCCGGUCCUACAAGUGCCCCGAUGUUCAACGCUCCCGCAUGGUCUGAUGUAGUGGAUCAUGCUGUGCCAAAGCACAUGACACCAGACAGCGAGUUUGGUCCCAGCUUUGGCAAUGGAGUCGGCCACGGGAUAAACAGGCCAGUCAUGCCUUAUCAAACCGGCGGCUACGAUGUCUCAACGCACACGUAUCCGCCCCAUUCCAUUAAUCAGGUGACAUCUGGACCACAAAUUGGCUUCGAAUUGGAGCCGGUCAUAAGCAAUGAGUCGCACACUCCGGUGUGGGAUCCCUCAGGGAUCUUCCAGCAAUGGAAUGCAGCUUUUGGAGGCGCACCACCUCCGCCACAGGCGACACCACCGAACUCCCGACAUAUGGCGCCCACCUCGGCCCCUAUGAUGCCCAACCAGCACUCGCCAGGAGGUUCAAAUAUCGGCUAUGGCACACAACCAAUAUCUGUCAAUGGCAGCUCCAUCGCGCAAAAUACGACGCCUACCCUGCCCACUGUAACGCCAGUGAUGUGGCAAAAUGCAUUCACCAACGCAUACGUAUCUGGUCACGGGCAGAAACGAUACCGUGAGGCUAGUGUGGACCAUUCGGCGCUGGAAUCUUACGCCGCGAGCAACAAGCGACGCGCGUAG